GGACCCGGCUGAGAGCAGAUAGACAGGCAGCAGAUAGACAGGGAGAAAUGGCGCCUCGAUGCUGCGCUCACUGAGGUGGUUUUUUUUUGGAGCCGGUUAGAGAGAUUCAAUGAGGACCGUUUGAAGGAGUAACCAUGGAGAACACGAGGAAAAGCUCUCGGAAUCGGAGUGGUCCCUUCAUCUCCUCCAGGACUAGGUCGUCUUCGAGAAACUCUGUGGAACAUAAGGAGCCCGGCAGCGAUGCGAGCAGUCCGCGUUUGGCUCCGCCCUCCAAGCGAACGCGGAGGCAGGCGGCCUCCGAGCCAAGCUCUAGUGACACUUCCCCUUCCCCGAAGGCGAAGGGCCAGAGGGUCAGCUGGGGCAUUUCUACCUACCGCACCCGGCUGUCCUCUCGCAGAAUGCAAAAUGGCCACGCCGGUAUGAGUCACCGGAACGAUGACAGCGGAGGGGGGGAUCACUCCCGUAUGAACGGCCACGUGGAGCUGAAGAGGAGCUGCCGAGUGAGGAAGAGCCAGUUUCAACACCUCAAUCAGAGCCUGCUGUUUGACCAGCUGGUCAACAGCACUGCUGAGGCUGUUCUCCAGGAGAUGGACAACAUCACCAGCAUCAGGCAGAGCCGUGAGGUGGAGCAGCUCCGCAUGUGGAGCGGAGAAACCGAGGAGGAAAGCAUGGACAUGUAUUCCCGAGUGAAACGCAGGAAAUCAAUGCGUAGAGCCUCUUUCAACAUAUCCGCGCACCACAAAGUCAUGAGCAAGGAUGAUGACGACGACGAUGAAGAGGAGGAGGAGGAGGAAGGGACAGAAGAGUCUCACGGCGAAGAAGAGGAGGAUGCAGAGGAUGAUGAUGACGAAGACGAUGAAGGAGACGAAGCUGAAGAGGCGGGGGAAGAAAACGACCGACCUUACAACUUGAGGCAGCGGAAGACCGUACAGAGAUAUGAAGCUCCACCGAUUGAGCCAGUGAACAGGAAGCAGAGCAACCCCUCCCUGUUCGACACCCACAUGUCUCCAGCUAGAAGAAGCCAUAUCAGAGUGAAGAAACACGCCAUUCACAGCAGUGACACCACCUCAUCGUCCGAUGAAGAGCGUUUUGAGAGGAGGAAAAGCAAGAGCAUGACCCGGGCCCGGAACAGAUGUUUGCCCAUGAACCUGACAUCUGAGGACCUGGCCAGCGGCGUGCUACGAGACCGAGUGAAGGUGGGCGCCAGCUUAGCGGACGUGGACCCCAUGAACUUUGACACUUCAGUGCGAUUUGACGGCGUGGGCGGCCUCAGUGAGCACAUCCAGUCACUAAAGGAGAUGGUGGUGUUCCCUCUGCUCUACCCAGAGGUCUUUGAGAAAUUCAAAAUUCAGCCCCCCCGAGGGUGUUUGUUCUACGGCCCGCCUGGAACAGGAAAGACCCUGGUUGCUCGAGCACUCGCCAACGAGUGCAGUCAGGGAGACAGGAAGGUUUCCUUCUUUAUGAGGAAAGGAGCCGACUGCCUCAGCAAGUGGGUCGGCGAAUCAGAACGGCAGCUACGCCUGCUCUUUGACCAGGCUUACCUGAUGAGGCCAUCCAUCAUUUUCUUUGAUGAGAUUGAUGGUUUGGCUCCUGUCCGCUCCAGCAGACAGGACCAGAUACACAGUUCCAUUGUGUCCACGUUGUUGGCCUUGAUGGACGGUUUGGACAGUCGUGGGGAGAUGGUUGUCAUCGGUGCUACAAACAGACUCGACUCCAUCGACCCGGCCCUCAGGAGGCCUGGACGUUUCGACCGGGAGUUUCUCUUCAGCCUUCCGGACAAGAAGGCCAGAAAGCAGAUUUUGAAAAUUCACACGAGGGACUGGAAUCCCAAACUGGCUGAGCCAUUUCUAGAUGAACUUGCAGAAAAAUGUGUCGGCUACUGCGGUGCUGACAUCAAAGCACUUUGCACAGAGGCGGCCUUGAUGGCGCUGCGCCGCCGCUAUCCCCAGAUUUAUGGCAGCAGCAUCAAACUGAAGCUGGACGUCGCCUCAAUCGUCCUGGGGCCUGGCGACUUCAGCAAGGCCAUGAGGACGAUUGUCCCAGCCUCCCAGCGGGCUCUGGCCCCCCCGGGCCGAGCCCUGUCCCCCACCCUCAGCCCCCUGCUGGCCAGCUCUUUCUCCUCGGUGCUGAAAGCUCUUCUCCGAGUCUUCCCCCACGCUCAGUGUGCCGACAGGGACAACACACAAGGCGGCGACAAUCAUCUCUUAGAAGAGGACGUGUACAGCGACGACGACAAUGAGGACGGCUCUGCCUCCAUUUACGAAGUUCCGCCUUCUGCAUCCCCAAAGAGUCAGCAUUCCUCUUCUGCAAUGCACAGAACCUUUCUCCAGCUCUCCACUUGUGCCCUCCGACAGCCCACGGCGUUCCGGCCUCGUCUGCUGUUGGCAGGAGCCCCGGGUUCUGGACAAAGCUCCCAUUUGGCUCCGGCCCUGCUCCACCACCUGGACAAGCUACCAGUACACCGCCUGGACUUGCCCACUUUGUACUCCGUCAGCGCCAAGACGCCGGAGGAGUCCUGUGCUCAGGUUUUCCGUGAGGCUCGUCGAAGCGUGCCCAGCGUGGUGUACAUGCCGCAUGUCUCCGAGUGGUGGGACACCGUGAGCGAGACUGUGAAGAGCACCUUCCUCACUCUGCUGCAUGACGUGCCCUCGUUCAGCCCCAUCCUCAUCCUCGCAACCGCCGAGACUCAGUACUUAAAGUUGUCUGAUGAGGUGAGGAGUAUAUUUCAGAGGAGCUAUGGGGAGGUGCUCACGCUGUGCCCUCCAGGAGAAGAGGAGAGGAGGAAGUUCUUCUCUGAUCUGCUGCUGGUUCAAGCAGCCAGACCACCGCCUCGCCCCAGGAGCACAGAGAGGUGUGAAGAAGUUCUGCCAGUAGCAGACUCUCCAGGUCCAAGGGUCCUAUCAGCAGAGGAGCAGCGCCGCCUGGCUGAGCAGGAGGAGAACACACUACGGGAACUCCGACUCUUUCUCAGGGACGUGACCAAGCGCCUGGCCACUGACAAACGAUUCAACAUCUUCAGCAAGCCAGUCGACAUUGAUGAGGUGUCAGACUACCUGGAGGUGAUUAGGCAGCCUAUGGACCUAUCCACUGUCAUGACAAAGAUUGACACUCAUAAAUACCUGACAGCCAAGGAUUUCCUGGUGGACAUCGACCUCAUUUGCAGCAACGCUUUAGAGUACAACCCUGACAAGGAUCCCGGGGAUAAGGUGAUCAGGCACAGAGCGUGCAGUCUAAAGGACACGGCUCACGCUAUAUUCGCUUCUGAGCUAGAUCCAGAGUUCGACCGCAUGUGUGAAGACAUCAAGGAGGCACGCAAAAAAAGAGACCCCCAGUCGCUGGCUCAGCUGACGGACCCCCCAAGUGUUUCACCAACUCGAAAGCAGCCAUGUGGAGGAGAGGAGCAGGCCAGGACGAGCUCCUACGGAGAGUCCCCCUACAAACCGUCCCCCACAAAUCAUUUCAAACGGAAGAUUUACAGACGAUUAUCUUGGCAACGUGGCAUCAUUCCUAAGAAGAAAAUCUACAAAAAGGUGACCGAGGAGGAAGAGGAGGAGCCAGAGGCAGAAGUGGAAGCUGCAGGUCCCAGUGACUCGUGUCUGACGCAGGACGAGGACUCGUCUUGUGAUACCACAGGUCCCCAGCCCAAUGGUCAUCACCCCCACAUCACCUCAACAGAGGAGGAGAGCUCCAGUGAGCCCCUUGUGGCAGCUCGUGCUGAUCUCCCAGAUGCCAGUGAAACAAAAAAGGGAACAAAGCCUGAAGAGGAGGUGGAGCCCAGAGCCACAGAGGCAGAGUCUGAGAAUAUGGAGAAACACUCAGAGCCGCGCUGCCUUGGUGGCAAUUCCGUACUGAAUGCAGACAGGGACAGUCGGGCCCAACAGGCCGACUUCCAGCCUUUGAUUGAAACGUUCAAGUCCUCAGAUGCUCAGGUCCCGCCUAAACACACAGAGGGUCUCCUAGUUUCUCAAAUGGGCAGCGUGAAUGGAACUGAGUCCAUGGAUAGCCUGGAUUUACAUAGUCUCAAGAGGAGCAGUGAGGCAGACACAAGGACUCCUCAGAGCCCCGCUGAGGGUGGUAAUAAAGAUCAGAAAGAGCACAAAGAGCAGAGUGUCAGUAAACCAACUCAGGAGCAACAUCCUGUGGAUGGUGGGCCCAUUACCAAAACCGUGGAGGAGGAUCAAGACACAGACGAUGGUUCCAAAGAAAGGACGCACAUGUGGAGCUUGUCGGAGCAAUUAAAUGAGCCUGCCGGAAGGACAGAGAAGGAGAGACAACCCCCACCCCCACGUCCUCCAGUAGUGAUCGACAACGAGCGACUUUUGGCUCUUCUGGACAUGGCGGUGAAGAAGAGUGAGGGCCACACUGUGGAGCAGCUGGAGAGACUCUACUGCCUCCUCAGCCAGAGCAUCUACCAGCACCGCAGAGAGUAUGACAAGACCCGGCUACUAGAGGAGAUGGAGGAGAGAAUCCAGCGUUUUGACACAUUCCUGUGAGAUGGAGACAACAUCAGGUAGAUCCUGAACAGUCUGGGACCACAAACACAUGCCCUCAUCUUGGUAGGAGAACAAGAACGAGGACAGAGACUUUCAAAGGUGCUAUCGUCUCAGGAACCUGGCCAGAUCCAGACCCAUUCUUCACAACCAAACACUCGGAGUGUGUUUGCGCUCCGCCGGGUGACCCUGGUGCUACUCGGGUGCUAUCCUAAACUUUGUUUCAUGCUGCUCUUGGGAACAUUUCUCAACCCCGAUGACCUGUAAACCUACAGAUUAGGUGAUGUCAUAUCAUGACCUGGCCGCUCCCUCCACAGCAGACAGCUCACCACACACACACACACACACACACGCACACACACACACACACACACACACACACACGCACGCACGCGCACACACACACACACACACGCACGCGCACACACACACACACACACACACACACACAUUCAGACCCUCACCAGCAGAAGUGUGACUGCGGAGUGUCACCAGGAGAGCCUGGAUCGCGUUUUGAAUCACUGAACUGUACUGCUGAAGCCCUCUUGCUGUUGAGUGGAGCUCAUCACCAUCACCGUGCUUUUAUGUGGCUAAUUCCUUUCUGCCAUUUUAGCUACUUGACCUGUUCACUAUCUGAGCCACCGACUAGGAUCCUCACCCCGAACAAAAGCUCACCGAGAACAUUCAGCGCCAUCAGGAUGAGGUCAGCACAGCCGCCACAUUCUCUGCAGACGGGGGAGCCAUUUAGUUGUUCAGGAGUCGACCUGCGGCCCCCCCCCCCCUCCUAUCAAAGAAUGUUUUCUUUCCCUGUUCCCC